AUGAGUUGGGUAGCUGAUGAAUGGAAAGAUGGAUUGCCAGCCCGGGCUUUACAAAGAAUUGAACAGAUUGAGAAACAAUUUGAACGUGUAAAGAAAGAAAAAGAUCAAAAGCAAUUUCAAUUGGAUAGUUUGGAACAGGCAUUACAAAAUCAAAAACGUAAAUGCGAAGAGGAAAAGAAUGAACAAGUACAACUAAAACGAGACAAUCAGUCUCUGUCCGAAGCAUGUGAGGAUUUAGAGAAGAAGAGAGAGAAACUUCAACAAGAGCUCCACACAAAAACAAACCAUCUAGCAUGUUUGGAAGGCCAGCUCUCUCACUGCAAACAAAAUGUUGAUUCGGAGUCGCACAAGGCUAGCCAGUUAAAAUGUGAAGUUGAACAAGCUCAGCAUGCUCAUACCGAAUCAGUCAAGAAGUAUGAGAAACUGACAGCGGACCAUCAGAAAUUACAAGAAUAUUCUAACCACCAGAAAUCACAGCUUGAAAGUCAAAAUGAAAAGAUUCGAUUCCUGGAGAUGGAACUUAAGCGACUUCCAGGAGUUCAAGCUGGAAGCAGCAGCAAGGUGCCGACAUACACAGCAAGCAGUGAUGUUAAUACAGAAGACUUGAAGAAACAACUUAUGGAAGUUACCUUACAAAGAGAAAAAGAGCAAAAUGAAUAUAAACAACUCAAAGAUCAACUGAAUAUGCUUCAGUCACAGAAUAACCCAGACUGUAACAAGCUUUUAUUGGAGCUUGAUAGCUUAAAAAGAGAGAAAAAUGAACUAAGCCGGAAGCUGGCCAGCCAGACUGAAACAACAGGAAACAGCAUACAUGGAGUAUCUCCGAACAGGCAAAACAACCAUGGUGUGCAGUUUGAAAACGUACAGAAAACUGCAGACAAAUUCAAGAAAGAAAAUGAUGCUUUGAAAACAGGAAAUGCCAACCUGGAAAUCCAGAUUCAGACAAAAAAUAAACAAGUUCAUGAUUUGAAUGCCAGAGUGCAGAAGCUUGAAGCGGACAUGAGUAAUUUUGAGUGUGAAACUGGGAACAAGGAAAAGAUGAUAACGCAAUGUAAGGCAGAGUGUGCAAAGCUGAAAACAGAGACUGAACACCUACAGAACAAGAUUUCCGAUUUGGAGACGAAGAACAAGAAACUGAAACAAGAAAUGGCCUGUAACCAGCACAAUGCUGAGGCAGCUCACAAGACGCUGGAACAGAAACUCAAAGACAAGGAGAAGGAUCUCAACUUAGAGUUAUCACAGCAGAUGGAAAACGCCAAAACUGCAGAAAAGUUGCUGGAAGAGACCAAACAUAAGAUGAUGCAGGAAAUGAAUCAGGAGAAGAAUGCAGGAAAUCGAGUUCUACAGGAGAUGAGUCAGCUCCAGAAAGAACUGAACAGUGUCAAGCAUGAAUUGAGCUCCUUGAGACAAAGCGAGCAAGACAUGAAAACUCAACUGAAUCACAGCCAAAAUGUUCUGAAGCAGAAAGAAGAAGAAAUUACUAGGCAGAGUAAGACAAUGGAGAAGAUGGAAUUUGAAAAUAGGAAGCAGAUUCAGCAAGAAGUCAAUGAGGCAAAGGUUGCAGCCAGUAAGGAAAUAUCUCAACUCAAAAAUGAUCUAAACAGUAGUUUGGCUAAAUCACAGGAAACAGAAUCUGCUUUGAAAGGACAGAUUUGUCAUUAUCAAACACUUCUUGAGCAGAAAAAUGAAGAAUAUAAUGUCCAAACUAAAAAAGUGGAGAAAUUGGAAAAGGAAAUAUCCGAAAUAGGUCACAACUCUGAGAAGAAAAUGAACUCUCUUGUGGAAGAGAGAGAUAAGUUGGAGAAGCUCUAUCAAAUGCAGCUGACAGAAAAGCAAGAAGAGCUGAGCAUCAAAGACACUAAAAUGAGUCAGCUCACUUUGGAACUUGAUAAAGUACGUCACUGUUUCUCCGAGUUGCAAGUCGGAUACGACAGGCUGAAGGCAUCGUUUGGUGAGUUAAAAGAAGAGAAAUGUGAGGCUGAAAAGACCUGCACGGGUCUUGGUGAGAAGCUGGAAGACUUGAAACGUGACAAGACAAACCUAGAAGAGCAGCAUGCAACGCAGAUAGAGAACAUGAAGUCCAAUGUGGAGAUGUCACAACAAAUGCUGAAAAAAAUGCAAGCAGAACAUCAGUCCUCUUGUGAUCAGCUAGAGUCUUGCACUGCUAAACGUACCGAAAUGGAAAAGGUUAUUCAGACUUGCGAGAGUGAGAAGACACUUCUGAGUGAAAAAUUAGAACGGUCUGAGAAAUCACUGGCACAGCUGACAGCUGAUCAAAGUUCAUUAUCCUCCUCUGUGGAAAUGUUGAAAGUGCAGCUGACUGAAAAAGAAGAACAACUUCAGAAGACAACAUCAGAGCUGGAAUCAACAAUGGAGGCACUGAAACAUAAAGACCAGCAGCUGAAGGAUUCUAAAGAAACCUGGACAGAAACUAACAAAAAGCAACAGCAAGCUAUUGAUGAGAAAAACCGAGACCUUGCUGAAUUGGAAAAGAGAGUAAAAUGUUUGCAAACAGAAAUGGAUCAGUUAAGAUGUGAACACAUUGCUGCAAUGAGCCAAGCAGAGGAAAUGAAACAUCUUCAACAAACAAAAGACUGUGAUAUAGAAAAUCUCAAAGAACAAAUUAGCUCUCAAGAAAAAUCUCUUUCAGAACUUGCUGAAUGUCUCAAUGAAAAAGGCUGCAAGCUGCAGGAACUUGAAAACCAACAUUCCCAUCUAGAAGCUCAGUAUUCUGCACAGUCAAAAAAGAUGGAGACAUUGUUGCUAGACAUUGAGAAGAAAGACACUGAAUUAGAGGAGACAAAGAAAAACUUAGAUCAAGUCAGUUCAUCUCUUGGUGGUCAGUUGUCACAGCUUCAGACAGAACAUGCUGAUCUUGUAGAGAAAUUUAAUCAGGCUAAAACAGCACUUCAAGAAAAGACUGAUCAUUCGGAAACACUUGGGAAUGAAUUAUCUAACCUUAAAAAAGAGGCUGCAGAAAUAAAUGCCAGAUUGCAUGCCAAUGAAGAAAGUUUGAAGGAAAAGCAACAGCAGAUGGAAGAAGAAAGUGAGAAAUAUGACAAUGCUUUAAAAGAAAGUAAGAAUGAAAAGAACAGACUGUUGCAAGAAUUUACAGAAUUAACGAAUACAAAUUCAAAGAUGCAGACCAAGCUAGACAUGAUGCAGAUGGAUUUAGAAGACGGUGAACAGGCUUCUGAGGCUCUCAGUGAACAGCUGCAGCAGGCAGAGCAGAGUGUACAGGACCUGAAGAAAUCACUGGCAGAAAAAGAACAACAGUUAGAUGAAACACAAAAGAAUUUAGAUCAAUCAUCAGUAAGAUUAAAAGAGUACGAAGACAUGAUGCAGGAGAUGACAGACAAGAAGGAAUACACUGAUCAGAUGCUGGAGCAUCAGAAAAGCCUUAUUGACAGCUGUAACAGUCGGUUGCAGGAAGAGCAUGAUCGAUGUGAAGAAAUGUCAUUAGAAUGCUGCACACUGAAAGAAGGUCUUCAAGCUGCCUUGACUGACAAUACUGAACUUAAAAAUAAAAUUGAACACCAUGAAAAGCAUGUUACAGAUCAGGAAAAAAUUGUUACAAGGCUGGAAACCUCGCUUAAAGAAAAGCAUGAAAUCUGUGAUGGCCUUGAAUCACAAUGUUGUAAGCUGACUGAGGAAUUGGAGAAAAUAAAAGAAGAAUUUGAACAACAAAAGCAGUCACUUGUAAAGCAUACCAAACUGAAUUCAGUUUUACAAGAUAAGAUUAAUUUCCUAGAAACUGAAUCUUCGUCUUCAUUAGAACAGUCAAACAAAGAGCUUGAAAUUUUGAAUGUCAAGCUGACAUCUGCACUGGAUGACAAUGCUGAACUUGUUAAGAAAACUGAGCAAAUGGACGACUGCAUUGCAGAGUAUGAAGUAACUAUUCAAAAGCUAAGGACUUUGUUGGAAGAAAAGAAUGAAAACACUGAAAGCGUGAAGGCAAAAUGUGGAAAACUAUCCGAAGAACUGGAUGACAUACAAACACAAUUUCACCAGGCAAAGCAAACUGUUGUGAAUGUGACUGAAGUAAACAAAGUUUUACAAGAAAAGUUGGAUUCUUUAGAGAGUGAAUCUUCAUCUGCAUUGGCUGAUUCAAAGAAACAACUUGAAGAUUUGAGCAUCAAGUUGACAGCGGCAUUAGAUGACAAUACCGAACUAGUUAAGAAAACUGAGCACUUAAGUAACUGCAUUGCUGAGCAAGAAGAAAAUGCCGGAAAGUUGAGAGCUUUGCUGGAAGAAAAAAAUGAAAACAGUGAAAAUAUUGAGGUCAAAUGUGGCAAACUAGCUGAAAAAUUGGAUGAAAUACAAGCACAACUGCUGGAAGAAAAGCAAAGUGUUGUAAAUUUGACUGAACUAAACAAACUUUUACAAGAAAAGUGGGAUUCAUUAGAGAGGCAGUCUUCAUCUUCAUUAGCCAAUUCAAAUGAGCAGCUUGAAAAUUUGAACAUCAAGUUGACAUCUGCAUUAGAUGACAAUGUUGAACUUGUUAAGAAAGCUGAGCAGUUGGAUAAUUGCAUUGCUGAGCAGAAUGAAAGUAUAGCAAAGUUGAAAAGUGUACUGGAAGGAAAAAAUGAAAAUAGUCAAGAGCUGGAAGCAAAAUGUGGUAAACUUGCUGAAGAACUGGAUGACGUACAAGGACAGCUUCACCAGGAAAAGCAGACUGUCUUAAAUUUGACUGAAAUAAACCAAGUUUUGCAAGAAAAAUUGGAUUCAUUAGAGAGCCAGUCUUCAUCUUCAUUAGCAGAUUCAAAUGAACAGCUCGAAACUUUGAACAUCAAGUUGACAUCUGCAUUAGAUAACAAUGCUGAACUUGUUAUGAAAACUGAGCAGUUGGAUAACUGUUUUGCUGAGCAAGAAGAUGCUAUAAUGAAGUUGAAGACAUUACUUGAAGAAAAAGAUAAAAUCAUUAAAAAUCUUGAAGAAAAAUGCUAUAAACUUUCUGAGGAAUUGGAUAGUCUACAAGAACAGUUUGAGCAGCAAAAGCAAUCUCUUGUUAAUCAGACUGAACUGAACAACGUUUUGCAAGAAAAGGUUAGUUCCUUGGAGAGUACAUAUUCAUCACUACUGGCAGACACAAACAAAGAAGUUGAAGACCUGAACAUCAAGUUAAUUUACAAGCAAGAUGUUUUUGAAAAGAAACUUGAAGAAUCCAGACUGAAUAACAAACAGCUUGAAGAUGAGAAAUUUGAUAUUCAAAAACAAGUCAAGAAAUUGGAAGAUGACCUUUCUGUGGUUCAAGCAUCUUUUAUGGAUUUUCAAAAUGAGAUGAAGCUUUUGCAGUUGGAGAAAGAGGACACUGAUAAAGAUUUCACUUCCAAGGAAGAACAUUUGAAUGCUAAAAUGAGGAAACUUGAAAAUAUGAGUUCUAUGUUGAAAUCUCAGUAUGAGGAAGCUGUACAAAAAACAAUAGCCCUAACCCAAGAACUAGUUAAUCAGAAGGCAGAAACAGAAGAAGCAAUAUUGAAAAGUGUUAACAUCCAAGAAGAACUUGAUAGGACUUGUGCACAGUAUGAAACACGGAGUGAAACUUGGAAGGAAAAUAUCAGGGAGCUGGAAACUGCAAUAGAAAAUCUGAAAGUUGAACUUUGUGACAAGGAAAGCAAAUUAUCCGAACUUGAACAGAAUGCUCUGGAGGAGGCAAAUGUCCAGAAUUACUUGAAAACAAAGAUGGAUGAUAGCUCUAGGUGGCAGAAAGAAGAACAGUCAAAACUGGAAGAAAAAAUCUCAUCACUUGAAGUUAGUCUUCAAAACAGUGAGGACAAGAGGCAAGAGCUAGAAAGAGAUAUGGCUGAUCAGCUUAUGUCUAAAGAUAGUGAGAAUCAGGAUAAGAUCAUGUCUUUGAAAAAUGAAAACUCUACAGCAAGUACUUUAGUGACUAGAAAAAAUGAAGAAAUAGAGCUUCUAAGCCAACAGUUGAUAGCAAAAGAGCAAGAAGUUGAGUUGAAGCUUUCUCAGGGUGUUGAUCAAUAUAGUUCUUUGGAGGCCAAGUUGAUUGCAUUGAAGGAUAAACACCGGAUGCUACAGGAUUCUUAUAAUAUGAAAAUGGCAGAAAUGGAAUCCAUGGAAGGGAAAUUGCGACAAGAACUUAAUGAAUUAACAUUGAUCAAUGACCAGUUACAACAGGAGAAUCUGUGUUUGACAGAAGAACUCACAGUUAAUAAAACAAACCUUGAGGAUAAAGAGAACCUACUGAGAUCUCUGGAAUCAGAAUUGAAUAAUCUGAAAGUCAUCAAGCAGAAACUUGAUAAUGAUGCUGGUGAGAUGCAGAGAGCCAUGCAGGAUCAGGUUGAAGAACUAAAUGUUCAGUGUGAAAAGCUUAAAACACAACUUGCUAAAACAGAGAGUGAGAAAGUGUGUUUUUCAUCUAAAGUUGAUGAGAAUGAAUCGGACUUGACAGUUAAGCAAACACAGAUGGAAUCCCUUGUUGAAGAGACGGUAUGGCUAAAACAACAACUCACAGAUAUUGGUGUUAAGUUUGAGGAGAAAGAAGAAGAAAAUGAACAGCUGAAGAGACAGAUGGAAGUAAUAAAAAAUGAUAUCAAAGAUGUAUCUUCAACAAAGACAUCUUUGGAGGUCAGGUUAGAAGAACUACAAGCUGAACUUGAAAAUGCACAGACAUCAUCAGUAAAUCAGGAAGACAAAAUAGGUCACCUGAGUUCUGAAUUUGCAAACAAGGUUGAAGAAGCUAAGACAUUGUCUUUGGAAAUAGAAACACUGAAACAGAAACUUGAUAGUAUUGAAAAUGCUCAUGACCAGAUACAAGAUGAGUAUGCCCACUGCCUACAAGAACAUCAGACCGCAACAGUAUUAUCUUUGGAUGAGAGAGAACAUUUGAAGCAGCAGUUAACAGAAUCAGAGCAAAAAUUUAAGAACAUGUCCAUAGCUAGUGAUGGACUGAGAGAAACUGUGGUAAACCUUAAAGAGCAAAUUAAGUCUGUUGCAAAGGAUAAGGAGUUGGUGGUAGCCAAAGUAGAAGAAACUUCAAGUGUAGCGGCAGAUACCUCAUACCAAUUGAAUUGUUUGAGAGCAGAGAAUAAGCAGUUAAAAGACCAAUUGGCUGAUCUUGAAUCUUUGCAGAGUCGUCUUGAAGGUGAAUUGGAAAAUGCGGUCAGGGAACAUAAACAGGAAUUAAUAUUGGCAGAGGAUAAACAUGAGUCACAAAAACAAUGUUUAUGUGAGAUGAAAGAGGAAAUGAAGAUGAAGGAUGAUGAAAUUAAAAAUCUACAAGCAACUGUCGCUCAUUUGGAGCAGGAGAUCACACAAAUGAAUGCAGAAAAGCAGCAACUAAUAGAAAGUAUACAACGAAUAGAUGAACAGUCACAGCAGAUGAAGACACUGUCUGAGAAAAUAUCGGUGUCUGUUAAAAACAAUGAUGAUGAGAUUGCUGCUUUAAAAGUAAAGGAACAGAUUUUGGAAGAAGAAAAAGUGGACAUAACAAUCAAGUUUGAACAGGCAGAAGCAGCGAGACUUGAGGCAGAAGAAAGUCUCAGAUUGAGUGAAUCUGAAAUUUUGUCCUUGAAAAAACGAGCAUGAAAGCAACUAUAGAUUAUUAGAAGAUGCCAAACAAUCUUCAGAUGAGCUCUUGGAGCAGUUGCAAGAAGCGAAAUCAGAAAUAGAGUUGUUAAAAGUGGACAUUCAGGAAAAGAAAA